AUCUAUUUUUCUCGGAAAUAAAAGCGGGCGUCAAACGUUACAUAUCUAUAUAUAUAAUAUACAGCAUCUCUUUGUGUUACGGUAAUUUUGUUGUAAAGUACGCAGUGCGAUUCGCAAAUGACGCAGAUUGCGCGUGACAUUGUGAACAUCGCGGUAUCAUCCGCGUAUCGGUACGAAAAUCCACAUUAUUAUUCGAAUUAACGAGGACAUUGCACGAGGCUGUCGAAGGACAGUCGCUAUACCAGUUUGCGUAUCUUUUCUUUAUUUUGUUUUAUAUUUUUGCAACUCUGGCGAGAACGAGCAUUUCCACGAUUCCGUCUCUUCAUGACGUGUCGUCCUUCAACAAUCGCGUCAUCGUCCACUCUAAUAUCUAUCUGACAGUGUCGUAGGAUCAACGAAGAUAACGAUUGGUUCCAGCUGAGUUCGUGCUGCAUGGAUUGUACUUUGUUCCCGUGAAAUUUAAUUGUCCAAUAGAACAAGUGAUUCGACGUGUCGAGAAUUCAGAAUUGACUCGAAUGAAGUUUUCCGCGAAGCAUCUUCCACAUCGACGGUGCCUUGGAUGUUGUAGAUUGAUGGUGGACUUGGUGUUGGCAAAGUGACCACUACCAACAGGAACGAUGAUGCCUGUGAGUGCAUGGGCAUGGUGACAUUGGUACAACAGCAGCAGCAGCAAACGGCCGACGAUAAUCAUCAGUAUCAGAAGGAAGAACAAGAUUGCUCGAACGGUGCUGUUGUGUCCGCCGAAAGAGUACACGCGGUCGACAAGUUUCACGGUGAGGUUGCAAGGUCGGCGAAGGAAACCGCAGUAGUCGUCCCGGGCAAUGGUAGCGUUGGAGAUUCCUCUACGCAGUGCAGUGACAUAGACGACGACGAUGAUGAAGAGGAAGAGGAAACAGAUGUUGAGCAGGACGGUGAGUGGAUCACGAACCUGCCAGUAUCGUCGACUAUCGUUCAGCAACAUCAAGCGGUCGCCACCGCAAAUGGCGACGUCGUCCUCCCGAAUGCUGAUCCGUCGAACUUUGGCGAUGUAUGCGUGAAGAACUCGACGAACGUGCAUCUGGGUAACAAGACUUUCUACAAGGGUCCGGUUACCAUAAAGCAGUUCGUUUAUACGAAUCCCAUUCCGAUACAGGAGGUAAAAAAAUUCGAGGCAAGCGUUUCCGACGUCAAUCUUUCAGACUUAUCGAUGAAUAAGGGUGAUGAAGCCACCAAUGGACCUAUUUUUCCACAAAAUACCGAAUUAAAUAAAGUGACACAGUUGCUGUGGACGUGGAGAUGUGCGGUUUUGUCGGGCGUUCUAGCUUUAAUAUUUUUAACUGCCACAGUGGUCACCAUUGUACAUAUUGCUCGUCCUACGGACGCACCGCCUACGCCAGUUUUCCCGGAAAUUCCAGACUCAUCGCUCGAGGGUGUAAUAAAUACAACUUCAGUACGUUUUGUCAAAAGGAACGAAUGGGGGGCGCAACCGCCCUCAGAAACUUUAACAAAAUUAAAGCUACCAGUACCAUAUGUAAUUAUCAGUCACACCGCCACGGAAUUCUGCGAGACGCAAUCGGAAUGUACAAUGCAUGUGAGGUUUGCUCAGACUUUCCACAUCGAAUCUAGAAAAUGGUCGGACAUCGCUUAUAACUUCCUCGUCGGAGGCGAUGGUCUCGCAUACAUUGGCAGAAGCUGGGAUUACGUCGGUGCUCAUUCUUUCAAUUACAACAUCAAAAGCAUUGGCAUCUCUUUUAUUGGCACAUUCAAUACGGUUAAACCACCAAAAAUACAAAUACAUGCCGCGCAAAAAAUUAUAGAAAUUGGUGUCAAAACUGGUAAAAUUGCGCCUAAUUAUAAAUUACUAGGUCAUCGACAAAUUUCGAAAACUUUAAGUCCUGGAGAUGCUUUAUAUAGUGAAAUUCAGACAUGGCCGCAUUGGUCACCUUAUCCUUAACACGACAGUGUGAAAAUUUAUUGUGAAGAAACGAAGAACUGAUAGUGAUUUUUGAAAAUAUUAAAACUUUUUUCCUUUAAAUUGUAUGCGGCUGUCUCAUUUAGACAGUUCUGAUAUGUUUACAUAAUAGUUGACUCUGGAAUUUCAUGAA